UAGACUAAUAACUAAUUACAUUAAUUAUAGAUAAAUAGACUGUUGAUAAAUAUGAAGUUAAAAGAGAAUAUUAAUGAUGCAGCCUGUAGACUAGCUCUUAUCCAAAAUUCUUAAACCCCAUUAAAAGCAAGCUAUGGCAGGUGCACCUCUCAGGGUAUCAAAUCCUAAAAAAGAACACGUUACGGUUUCUUCAUCAGACGACAACGCAAAGAUGAAUCAAAUUCAGUCCACUCAUGCUCCUGAUGGCCGUGAAUUUUCAUUGAAACCUCUUCUUCUUCUUGUUGAAGACAUUUUCCAACGAGCUGCACCCACUGGCCUGGCUAACAUUGUUCAUCAACAAGGAGCUCCCCACGCACAACUUGAUUUAUUGGAUGAUAAGAUUCUCCGAAAUGGCUCUGAUGAAAUGAUGGAUGUUUUGUCAUACACAAUCAACAAAAUUUCCUGCGAGAUAUGCUGCAAUAGCUCUGGUGGUGGAGAUCCACAUGCUACAACAAUGGCAAUAUUUCAGUUGCUAUCAAGCUACUCAUGGGAUGCAAAGGUGGUGUUUGCCAUAUCAGCAUUAGCGCUAAACUAUGGCGAAUUCUGGCUCGUCGCCCAGCUUUACCAUACAAAUCCACUGGCCCAAGCAGUUGCGCUGCUUAAGCAAUUGCCAGACAUGUUCGAACGUGCUGACGCAUUGAAACCAAAGUUUGAGGCAAUCAACAACCUUAUCAGGGCAACUUUGGAUGUUGCAAAAUGCAUUGUUGAAUUCAAGGAGCUUCCAUCUCAGUAUAUCACUGCUGAUGCACCAGAAAUUUUAACUGCUACUACCCAUAUCCCUACUGCUGUCUACUGGGCCAUCAGGAGUAUUGUGGCUUGUACUUUACAAAUUAUUGGCCUCACUGGCUUGGGCCAUGAGUACACUGCAUCGACAACGGAAGCAUGGGAACUGUCAAGUUUGGCCCAUAAGAUCAGAAGCAUUCAUGAACAUCUCAUGACACAACUCAGUCUUUGUUAUCAUCAUAUAGAUGAGAAAAGGCACAUUGAAGCAUAUCAAACACUCAUUCGCCAGUUCGAAAUUGUCCACAUUGAAAACAUAAAGAUUCUCAGGACUCUGAUUUAUACUAAAGAUGAUCAACUACCACUCUUUGAUGGUGCCAACCAUAAAAGGGUUGACGGUGCCAAACAAAAAAGGGUUAGCCUUGAUGUGCUAAGGAGGAAGAAUGUGCUGCUAUAUAUCUCAGACCUGGAACUACCCCAUGAAGAGCUUGAAAUGCUUCUACAAGUUUACACUGAGGCUCGGCAGCAUCCAGAAAGGACUGAGAGCCAAUUUGAGAUAGUCUGGCUCCCUGUCGUGCACCCAUCAACCCCAUGGAAUGAAGUGACAAAAAAACAAUUUGAGAAUCUCCAAUCAAUGAUGCCUUGGUACUCACUGUUUCACCCUUCACUGCUCGAUCGAGCAGUCAUCAGAUACAUCAAGGAGGUGUGGCGCUUCAACAAGAAGCCCUUGCUCGUGGUCUUGGACCAGCAAGGGAAAGUAGUGAAUCCUAAUGCUAUCCAUAUGAUGUGGAUUUGGGGAAUCACAGCUUUCCCUUUCACCAGCAUUAGGGAGGAAGAACUCUGGAAAGAAGAAACCUGGAGAAUUGAGUUGUUGGCAGAUACUAUUGAUCCAAAAAUCCCCGCUUGGAUACAAGGAGGGAAGUACAUAUGCUUGUAUGGUGGAGAGGAUAUAAGUUGGAUCCGCAAGUUCACCCGGUUGGCAGAUGCAGUUGCAAAAGCUGCCAACAUCCAGUUAGAGAUGCUUUAUGUAGGAAAAAGCAAUCCAAGGGAGAAAGUGAAAAGAAACAAUUCAAUUAUUGAAGCAGAAAAACUUAGCCAUACGUUAGACCUCACAAUGAUCUGGUUCUUCUGGGUGAGGCUGGAGAGCAUGUGGCACUCCAAGAUGCAACAUAACAGGACUGUAGAAAAUGACUCAAUAAUGCAGGAGAUUGUGACCAUGCUCAGCUUCGACGGAAGUGAACACGGGUGGGCUCUGAUUAGUAAAGGAUCAGGGGAUCAGGAUCAAAUGACAAAGGCAAAAGGGGCUGAUAUCUUGGAGACCUUUGAUGCCCUUCAGUCAUGGAAGCACAUUGCAGAUGAAAGGGGAUUUGUGACUGCACUUAAUGACAACCUCCGUGGGCGCCAUAAUCCACAUCACUGCAACAGAUUGAUUCUGUCAGGGACUAUAGGAAGCAUCCCUGAAAUGAUAGUGUGCGCUGAUUGCAACCGCCCCAUGGAGAGGUUCAUCAUGUACCGCUGUUGCAAUGAUUAAGCCUAUGUUUAAUUAAUCUAAUGCUGUGUGCUAUGGCGAUAUAUAUGGUUUGAACUGUGAAUGGAUUGGGAUUUAAUAGCUGUUGUAGCCUUUAGUUGCUUGUUUACUUCUGCUGUUGUAUAAUUAAGAUGUUGAGCAAGCAGGGGGAAAACUGCUAUGUCUUUGCAUUUGUGUUCUUUCCGUUCAAGUAUUUUCAAUUAAGCGAAAUUAUUAAUUAGUUUUCCUUUA